GCUUCCUCUCCGUCCUGCAACGCGCUCUAAAUGAAGCUUAGUUCUUCUUUGUGACUUUCUUCGCCAUGAGCUGCCUGGAUGUGAUGUACCAAGUGUUUGGUCCUCAGCCUUAUUUCAGCUCCUACAGCCCCUAUCACCACCAGAAACUGGCCUUGUAUUCCAAAAUGCAAGACCCACAGGACAGCGGCAGCCGGCUCGGCCCCGCGGGCCCCCCAGUGAUCAAAGAGGAGGACAAGGAGCUGCCGCCGGGAGCCGAGUACCUGAACUCCCGCUGCGUCCUCUUCACAUACUUCCAAGGAGACAUCAGCGCUGUGGUGGAUGAGCACUUCAGCCGAGCCCUCAGCCACACGACCGCCUACCCCCCCUCAACCAGCCACAAGGCCAUAAGAGACGGAUCAUUCCCCAUGAGUCAGCGAAGUUUCCCUCCGUCUUUCUGGAACAGCUCCUACCAGCCGUCCGUUUCCUCCACGCUGUCCGCUCCCCACACAGAGCUGCCCUUCCACGGGGACCCGUACUCCUCCGCCUCCCUGCACAGCCACCUCCAUCAGCCCAGCCCCGACGCCUGGCACCCAUCGCAUCACCACCACCAUCACCACCACCACCCGUACUCACUAGGGAGCGCUAUAAGCACCCAGAGCUCAGCGUACUCGCGUCCAGGCGUUCACGAGAUGUACGGCGCGGCUUUCGACCCGCGCUACAGUUCUCUGCUGGUGCCGUCGGUGAGGCCUCAUCACCGCUUGACGUCCAGCAGCUCGGUCCCGGGGCCCAGCAGCUCGCCGUGCGACCUGGGAGGGAAGGGGGAGUCGGGGUCGGGCUCCUCCUGGAGCGGGGCCUUCACAGGAGCCGGAGCUGAGAUCGGACUCAACAUGGACACAGCUCGGUGUUACAGCGGACUGUGCGGCAGCAGCACAGCCCUGCUGAGCUGAAAGUUGGCACUGUGGAUACGGAAAGAGAGAAAGCAAAGCGUGGAAACAAAAGUUGGACUCGCAGAGAAGAAGGAGGCGACAAUCUGAUUUUGACGGAUGUGGACAGAGACAAGAACUCUGUGCUUCUGUAACAGACGGGGACAACAUUCCUAAACUGGAAAAAAAAAAGUCUGGGGACAGACAGAGACACAUGUUGUCGAGCUCCAAAGACAAGCAAGCGCUUAAGGACUUGGCAUGACUUGCUUCACUGGGACAACUGGGCAAAAAAACACUGGGAGUGUUAUGGCUGGAGAAAAAGGCUGUGUUGGUGUCGAGUAGGCUGCACAGCACAGAAUCUGACAGACUGUGAAAGG